UCAACUUGCUAUAAAAUGCUUGGGAAACUACCAGUACAAUCAUCAGUUCAACGAGUAAAGAUGCGACUGCUAAUGAUUGUAACCGUUCUAGUCGGGAUCUGCUGGGCUAAACGCGGCAAUUUCCGUGUCCCAAUCAAUCCCGGCCACAAACGUGGCGAUGCUAACUUUGCAACCAAACCACGCCCGGAAGUUGGAAAGCGCCACCACAGCUACCGUCAUGGAGUUAACCGAUCUCAUCCCUUUGAGCUUGGAGUCGGUUAUUAUUACCAGUUUGACAUCAUGUUGAGACCAGAGGUUCAACGGAACGCAAUCCCUUUGGAAGACGACAUUAGGUGGCCCAACGCUGUUGUGCCAUACGUUAUCUCCUCAACUUUUUCGGCCGCCAACGUGUCCAUCAUCAAAUCUGCCAUGGACCAGUACGCCCAAACGACCUGCGUCCGAUUUGUGCCUCGCACUUCAGAAGCUGAGUACAUCACUAUUGGCAACGGUGCUUCCGGAUGUUGGUCCUACGUGGGAAGAAGUUUGGACAACCAGUACAACCAAGUUAAUCUGCAAGUCCCAAGCUGUAUCACCACGGGAACCGUCACCCACGAGCUGAUGCACGCCCUUGGCUUCUACCAUGAGUUUUCACGUCCGGAUCGUGACGAUUACGUUUCGAUUGACAUGGGAGCUUUAGCUCCACAGUAUCAGACGACCGAGUUCUUCAACGCAAACUUUGAAAAGCUGACACCUCAGCAGGCUGAGCUGUACGGUAUUCCGUACAACUACGGUAGCGUGAUGCACUACUCCAAGUGGGGAGGUGCCGUUUCGUACAACAGACCCGUUAUGAACAACUUGAAACCAUGGGUUGGAGAUUUCGGCAACAAAAUCGGACUUGCAACAACAGAUGUCCAAGCUGUCAACUCUAUGUACUGCAAAAGCCCGGCGGUAUAAAACAUAUUCUAAGUUUCCACCGAUGCUGUCCUCAUGCCUUUUCUCCAGCAACACCGAUUCGUUGAAAGGAUGAACAUAUUUGCUUAUUACAUAACAUAAAAAAUCUUAUUAAUAAAUAAAUAUCUUGCAACAUAAA